AUGACGCAGGAAGAAAAAAAAGUGCGACAGAGAGAAGGUAAAGGAAAUAAAACCGAGGCGAAAAAAGACAGUCAGGAUCAACAACAGGAUCAGGAUGUUCCAGUAGAACCGAAAUUUGGACCAAGAGUGUCAUUCCCUUAUCAGAAAGUCUGGUCUCGCUGUGUCCUGAUCCUGGGAGUCCUGCUGAUUGUCUGGUACAACAGCAAACGUGGCAAAGAGGUGUCAUUUGCGCGGCAGAAAGACAUUCUAUUGAGCAGAACUCAGAAUCUAGAUUGUGCUAAUGACUACAAAACUGAGCUAGCCACGUAUCCAGGCUGCGUACCAGAAAAAUGCGGCCGUGUCGUCACUGAUAAGCUAGUUUCUAACACCGAGACUGAAGUGCUAUACAAAAUAGCCUUGAAUGGCAUGAAUCUAGGCGGAUCUGACGGCGGAGCUAGCAUACUGGACCUUCACAGCGGAGCGCUGAGCAAGGGGAAAAAGGUUGUGAAGACUAAGAUCCAGCAUGCUGUUGCUCAUCACUUUGGAGUUGAUGCAGAUAAAAUUUAUUUAACAAAACCCACUUUUUUCUCACGGAUGACCAACGUCUCUGCCAAAACUAUUUCGAUGGUGGGAGGCAGAGUGUCAAUGUUUACGUCUGGAGGCGAGAACCUUCACGCAGUAGAACCCGUGACCUCGGGAACACGAUUUGCACUUACGGUUUCAUUCACGUGUAAUCCCGCGGCCGCGAUAGCAGAUCCAACUUUAAAAACUUCCAAAAAACGUACGUGA